GCCGCACGGUGAAGGGGGAGCCAGCGUUGGAUAUAUUGCGGCCCAUUGGCUCGCGUUGGAAGCUAUCGGUGAGGACGCGACCGGUACAUGUAACGCGCCUGUGAGCAUGCGUGGUAUUGCGGGGGUGUCUGGCCGUGUAGUGGCCGUCGGUGUAGCUACCGCGUUGUUCGUGGACGUUGCAUUUGUCGGUGCUGGAGCGGGCGCGCCUGUGGGUGGACCGUAUGGGGUUGGUAGUACUGGAGCCAUGUUGGAGUCCGGGUUCGCUAAGAGGUCCACCACGUUCCGUGGGGUGGUAUCGUUCAAGAAGGAUGUGAUGGCAGUCUGGUGGGCCAGCGUGAGCCGUAUGGAAACUGCCGUUGGUGAGAAUAGUCCACGGAUUGCUGGCCGUUGCGUUUUCCUUGUCAGAGCGACAGGGCCGAUUGGUUGGCUUGUCUGGCCCAGCGAAGCGACUGGUUGCGACGUCACUUUUGGCUGCUUCGCAGCGCCCGUACUGUCUAGUUUUCUUGGCUGGGUGAGCGUAGUCCCCUUGGCUUGGCUAACGCGCGGUGCGAUGAUCCGCGCGGGGGGUGACGGCGUUGUUGUCCCCGUCGGUUGCACCAGCGUCGCGGUAGCUGGGCGCCCAACGCCUGGCAGCGGCUGGUUGAGUUGGGACUCGAUGAUACUAAACAUGACCUCUGCUAAUUUGUCGCGCACCUUCUCCGACGUGUGACAGUCCAAAUUGUCCACAAGCAGGACCGACGCGUCUUUUCGAGGUAAAUCAUCCAAACCCUAUCGUCCAUCCUUGAUUUUUUGGACGACGUAAACGUGCGGCGAGGGAUAGCACGGAAGUUCGUUGGUUUCACCAGAACUGUCUGGUUGCCCCAUUACGAUGAAGAGCAAAGGAAGCUUGACACGUACUCAACCAUCAGCAAGGUGAGAUCAACUCCACCACAUACCAUCCGCUCGAAUGGUCAGGACGACAGUGAUCCUCUCGGAGUCCUUGCUCGAUUUGCCAACCUUCGAUGACUUUCCCACCUCAGCGUACGUCUUGCGAGAGUACUUCUACCAAACGUGCGCAGCGUAGCCAAGCCAGACAUGGUCGAGAACUUCUUGCCGAUCUUUGGAUACGCUUGGACGUCGUUGGGACAGGCGAUGGCGGGUGCAGAUGUGCCGAAGAAGUCUGCUGAGGGAGUCGUAUCACGUUGAUUUGGUCGACUUCAAUUCGAGGUACGCGGUGAGCCACUCGAAGUAAUUACGUUGGAUCCACCGCAUCAGGUGGAAGACACGAACACGCAUUUUCCCACGUCAGUGUUCUGGUAUGUACGCGAGGAGGUCGUGGGCAAACGGAAGGAUCGGUUUACCUCCCUGGCCACCCAGGGACCCACGACUGCCUUGACGUUUGGUCGACAAGAUGGCCGACUCCUUUUGACGCCAUCCUCGCCAGGUCCCCUGGGUUAUCGAAUGCUCACGGCAAAACGUGACUUUUUCCUUCCUGGUCCCGUCUCUGAAUGCGGUGAGAAGUCUCUUGCGGUCGCGGAUGUUGUAGCGUCGGUAUUGGCCUUGAUUUGCGCCAGACGUCAUUUUGAAAUGGCAUAUAUGCCUGCGAAUGUUAAAAUUCAAAUGCGCCAAUCUUUUGGUCAUCGCUCUUUUGGUCAUCGCUCUUUUGGUUGUGACACAUGCUACAGUAGUGAUUCCUUGGUAUUUUCGCCAAUAAAGUUUCCAUCUCACUUCGGUACUUUUUGAAAAUUUAUUUUAUGACGAGAUGCAACUCUCCGCGAAUUUCGCUGUCCAGCACUGUAAUAUGCGCAUACGAAGAUACCUUUAUCCCUGAGAAAAGAUUUGUAACUGGCAAAACUGAAUUGUUUGGAAAAUAUUCCUAUUAUUUGCCCAUUUCGCCUAACGUCGAUGCCAGUUUAUGGUGCUUGGGACAGUUUAAGUGCACUCAAAUUGGCCAAUGGAGUUGCUUGAAUUCAGGAAUAGCCAAUCCAUUCGCUAUAAAUACCAUAGAAUACUCAAAAAUACGCAUACAUAUUUUAAGCUUAAUCCGUGCACCAUAAAUCGUCCCUCCUAUCUUGCCUUGAUUUAUUACAUGCUACUUGGUAUUAAUACUUGAAAUAUAUUUUCCUACAUCCGCACGAAAAUGAUUGAUUUGGCUUUUCGUGUUUUGAACCAGAGUACUUCGACCAAAAUACGUUUUUGCCUGGACUAUAGAUAUACUUCCAAAUUGAUAAUUUCAUUAGGAACCUGAUUUCACUCAUUAGAAGGUCCUAAUUAGAAUAUCCUUGAAGUUAUG